CCGCGCGGGCGGCAGAGGCCUGUAUGGCGCCCGGAGCUGCGAGUGUCUGUGCGGAGCCCUCGCGCGGGGGACCGCGUACCCUGAAUCUCUCCGGUGGAGCACGGCUACCCUCCCGUGUCGGUCCCUUCUCCGCAGGACAGAGACACCCGGCUUUUCUGGGUGGCUUUGGGCGGACCCUGUGACUUUGCGCGUGCGCCUUCCCCCUCGGCAGCGUUUGCAGCCGGAGAGGGCGGGACCCGGGGCUGCGUGCCCGGGAUCCCGGCAGUUGGGCGACCGAGGCGGGAGGAUUGUGCGGCGGAGGUCAACCUGUGCUACGAAAACACGUGUCUGUGGCACGCGGGUGGAGGGCUGAGCCCGGGUCCCCCUCGCGUGGUUACUCGCCUCCAUGGCUGUGCAGGGCGGCGGGAUGGACAGGUUCCUGGUGAAGCCAGACCCGGGCGACCUCGGAGCGGGAGGGGAGGAGUCAGCCCCGUCGGGAGGAGCCUCGGGCGGCCAGCCGAGCCCCAACUGGAGGCACCUCCGUGCGCAAGGUCUGAAUUGUGAUUACACCGUCCUGUUUGGCAAAGCCGAGGCAGACGAGAUCUUCCGAGAGUUGGAGCAAGAAGUGGAGUAUUUUACCGGUGCACUGGCCAAGGUCCAGGUGUUUGGAAAGUGGCACAGCGUUCCCAGGAAGCAGGCGACCUACGGAGAUGCUGGACUGACAUACACCUUUUCUGGUCUUACACUGACGCCAAAGCCCUGGAUUCCAGUUCUGGAGCGUGUUCGAGAUCGAGUCUGCAGGGUGACAGGGCAGAGCUUCAACUUUGUGCUCAUUAACAGGUACAAAGAUGGUUGCGACCACAUCGGGGAGCACAGAGAUGAUGAAAGAGAACUGGCCCCCGGGAGUCCCAUCGCAUCUGUCUCCUUUGGGGCCUGCAGAGACUUCCUCUUCCGGCACAAAGACUCUCGAGGGAAGAGGCCCAGGCAGACAGUGGAGGUAGUCAGGCUGCAGCUGGCCCACGGAAGCCUACUGAUGAUGAACCACCCCACCAACGCCCAUUGGUACCACAGUCUCCCCAUCCGCAAGAAGGUCCUGGCUCCUCGGGUCAACUUGACUUUUCGGAAAAUUUUACAUACUAAGAAAUAAAACAUUUUUUUAUUAUUUUUA